AUGAUUAUCCGAAAAAGGAUUUGGCCUCGCACUUUAAGUGACUUCUUUUCUAUGACUUUUAUAUUAAUAAUUAUACCAGUAAUAUAUUGGUUUGAAUUGUGGGUGGUUUUACCGGCAGUGCACAAAUAUGGAUCAUUGCCAUAUAUUUUGCAUUUUUUUUUUGGAAAUUUUAUCAUGUUAAAUAUAGUUGGAAACUUCACUUACAUAGUAUUUUGUGAUACUAGUACUAGAAGAGAUAUUAUGCCAAUAAGUGCUGCAAAUACUAAAGAUGGUUGGAGAUUAUGUGCUUCAUGUGAAACUCUUGCACCUCCACGUUCAUGGCAUUGCUCUACAUGUAAUAUAUGUAUUUUAAAGAGGGAUCAUCAUUGUAUUUUUACUGGAUGUUGCAUUGGUCAUUAUAAUCAUAGAUACUUUAUCAUGUUUGUGGUAUAUUUAUUUGUAGCAACAACAUAUAGCUUUUGUUACAACAAUUUCUUUAUUUGGAAUAAGAUGCAUUUUGAAUUUCCUAUGUCACUUAUUAAAAUCAUCUUUCCUUUAGCAAUUUUUAUUUUUGGAUUUGAUGAUUCUAUAAAUCAGUUUUAUCUCAUACUAUAUAUUGUAUCUGCAGUAGGAAUGUUGUACACAGGAGUUUUGUGUAUUUAUCACUUUUGUCUAAUAUUUAAUGGUAAUGUAGCUAAUGAGAGUUGGAAACAAAAUUUAAAGGAAGUAUUAGGUGAUCGAUGGUACCUUACGUGGAUACUUCCUUAUAUAAAAUCUCAACUACCCCAUAAUGGUAUAAUAUGGGAUACAUCAAAUUCAUGGCUAUAUACAAACUCCAAAAAUGCAACAUAUAACACGACACAAAUGCUUAUGUCAAAAAUUGUAAAAUCCCAUCCAGUUUUCUUAUUAUUUGUAUAUUUACUUAGUACUAGUCUUUCUUGUCUUAUUUUUAGUUUAUUACUAUUAUUACCAUUAUUAUUCUUAUGUGUUUUGACUGAAUCAUAA